AUGCGUACCACUCGAAGGUCUGGGGCCACCCAUGGUGCCGCACCCUCUUUACCCGACCAGACUGCUCUUAGCACGAAGGACGACAUUUCUUUGUCUCCUUUGACAGCGGGUUCGGAGUCUGAGGUCAUCGACCCGCGUAUUGCAUCUGUACGUGCUGAGGGAGAUUUGCCGACUGCUGAUUCUGCUGCCGAAAUGGCAAUGGGAGCUCCCCUGGUCGGUGGCGUCUCUGCGGGCGGAGGGGAUGCCCCAGUGCGCACAGGUGUAACGGCGGAACAGAGUCGCAUACUUGAGGAUAGUAUGGAUGUUCUCGCCAACGAUGAGGCGGCGAUACGUGAUGCCACUGAACGCAAAGUAACUGCGGUCGCCACCGAGGGCUUUCGAGAUGAGGCUCUCCCAGUCGCUCAGCCUGUCAUGAGCUCGGAAACGCCCUCUACCACGUCGGGUUUGGAUCUCGUGGACGCUGCCACCGCUCUGGGAGAUUCUUACCAUUAUCUCGGCAACGUUCAGUACAAUUCCGAAGGACAGUAUGUGUUCCACAAGCGGUCAGGGUACUACAACGUUCUCUGCGUCAAGGGCGCCGCCAACUCCCCUUCCACGGAUGGUGCCGUCAUCUCCCUUGUCGGCAUGUUCAGCGAUGCACGUUUCUACUUCGUCCCCGAUGGCGGCUAUCGCAGGCCUACGGCUUUCACCAAAUGCCUGGCUGACGCGAAAGGCUCGGCGACCCUGGUGGCGCCAAACGUAUCACCGUUCGACGCCCAUUGGAAGAUCGUCCACGAGAACUUAGGGAAGUUGUCCGAUGCGAUUGCGACACCCGGUGUGCCUUUUAAGGGAGCUCUGAGUAACGACCAGACGUUUAAAGUGACGUACAGGCCUUUCAUGAAAAAGGAUGGCUAUGUUGGGGGCACUGAUGAAGACAUUGACCCCGCGCUUCGUCUGGAGAACAUCCCCGUCUCUGGCGAUAUCGCUGUCGCCGAGCUUGCCGCUAUGAAGGCGACCCACGUCUUCAACAUACUCCCUGCAUACGACGUCGACGGUGAUCUCAUUAUGCCCAAGGACUACGAGAGCCGUCUCAAGGGCGCUGUCGUCGUCAUGAGCGCCACCCUCAAGCACUACGACUUCACUGCGCGGGCCUCUAGCCCGGCCAGCAACACAUUCGUGGCGGACGUCGUCAAGAUCAGGGUGCUUGUGCCCCCCGUAGAGUUGGUGGCGGAGCAGGAAAGGAAGCGUGUGCCGGCGAGGGACACAGAUUUUAUGGGUUCGUCGUCGAAGCGUGUGCGUACGGCGUAA